UUUUCGCACCCACAAAAGACAAGCUAUUGCUUUAAAUAUUCGAGUUUAUGAAAAGAAAUAUCGUGUUGUUAGUUAAACGGGACUUCGUAUAGAGCUCGCGCUGACAGUUCGAUUUUUUAGAAAAAAAAAUUUGCGAAAUGAAAUUUUUAUAUUUCAUAACGGUUUUUGCUAUUUUGCAUACCCAAAAGAGAUUGGUAUACCCAGAAGCUUCCAUAACUAAAUCGGCGAUGGAGGAGACCAAAAGCUUGAUGGACAACAUUUACAAUACAUUCGCGUAUGUGGUUCCAGCGCUACCUCUGAAACUUGCCACAUCCACUAUAAAUCUUGUUUGUACAAAAUUCAUCGACCAUAUCAAAAGGCAAAUAUCCGACAAACACGCAGCGAAGUUGGAGAACAUCAAGAUUCAGUUUCGUACCGCUUGUGAUAAGCGAGAAUAUCCUAUAAGCGAUCUCAGUGGUUUAGCAGCUGAUAAAGAUUUCGAUCGUAAUAAGAAGACGGUCAUUAUGGCGACCGGCUGGACUACGCAAGUGAAUAGUAGUCAACACGACAUACUGGCCAAAGCUUACAACUGUCGUGGAGACACAAAUUAUUUGGCGCUAGAUGUCGGCGACUACGAGCAGAAAAUGUACAUUUGGUCCUCACAGAACACCGACACGAUUGGCGGAUAUGUCGCCAAGGCUGUGCAGAGGCUGCUCACUUUUAUAGACGUCGCGAACUUGCAUUUGAUGGGUCACAGUUUGGGCGCACAAAUAAUGGGCUCGGCGGCGCGUCACUAUCGCAAUUUGACUGGCAAAAGUUUACCCUACGUGACCGGUUUGGAUCCUGCUUCACCGUGCUUUGGCAUACACAAGGAAUUGACUACACUUUCAUCGAAAGAUGCUGACUUUGUCGAUAUCAUCCAUACAAAUCCUGGUGUUCUCGGUCAAUACGAAACUUAUGGACAUGUUGGUUUCUAUGUCGGUGGUAAAAACCCUAUACAAGCCGGUUGUAAAACGCUAACUUGUUCGCAUAGCAUUGCCAACAAAUAUUAUGCGGAGUCGAUUUAUCCAAAUAACGCCCGCAACUUUAUUGCAAAACAGUGUGCGUCAAUGAAGCGUUUUAAUUGCAACGGCGUGGAGACUGUGAUGGGUUAUGCGGUUUCUCAUGAUGCGAGAGGCAUAUUUAAGCUGGAGGUAAAUGCUAAAUCGCCGUUUGGUAAAAAUGCAAGUAUAAAUUAUACGGACCCCAAAUUGUCAAACUGUGGCAGCUGCAAUAUUGCAAAUCAAUAAAGUUCUAUAAACAGUUCGAUAUUACAACAAGUGUAAUAUAAGACUAUGUUUAUCUACUAGAAAGCU